AAAUAAAAAAGCAAAACCCCACUCUCUCUCUCUAACCUUUUUUUUUUUGAAUUUCUCUGAUAUUUUUCUGUCUAGUGUGGGAGGGGAACAAUGGCGGAUUGGGGCCCGGUGGUGAUUGCGGUGGUCCUCUUCGUGCUUCUGUCACCGGGACUUCUCUUCCAGAUUCCGGCGAGAGGCCGAGUCGUCGAGUUCGGGAAUAUGCAGACGAGUGGCGCUUCGAUUCUCGUCCACGCCAUCAUCUUCUUCGGCCUCAUCACCAUCUUCACCAUCGCCAUUCACGUCCACAUCUACACCGGUUAAGUAUACAGAUCGUACGCUGAUGGGUCCAAAAAAAUGUUUGUUUUCGGUUCGGGAACUUGCAAUCGUUUACUUUCUUCUGUUUUCGCUUGAUUUGAAUUCAUGGUGACCGACACAUGUUUGGCUUCUGUGAAUACGAAACAUACCGCUAUGUAAUUUUGAAAUGGGUCCUGAUUUCGUUUUGGCUUCGGUUUCUGUCUCGACUUCUUAAUCGCGCACACUUAUUUGUUGGGUACCAAUUGGAUUUGAUUUUUUUUUC